AUGGAUAAGUAUUGGAUGCAUGCUGAUAGAAGAUCACGCACAUAUGAGUUAGGUGUUGAGGAAUUCCUUAGGUUUGCUGUAGAGAAUGCUAGUGAUGUAAAUAAUAACUGCUGUCCCUGUUCAAAAUGUGGGAGCAUAGAUGGGAUGUUCUCAGCCAGGGUCAUAAAAGAUCAUCUAUAUUUUAAUGGUGUAGAUGAGAGUUACAAAGAUUGGGUAUGGCAUGGGGAACCAUCUAGGGCAACAGUGAAUGCUAAUGAAGGGGAAUCUGAAGCUACUGUAGAUAUGGUAGAAGAUGGAGAUGCAGCAGAUAAUAUAGGGUUGGGAGAUCAGGAAGAAAAAGGGGCUAGUGAAGAUGAGGAGUUUUUUGAAAAUGGUGAGGAUGAGCAGUAUUCUGUAGAAUCGAAUGACUUCAUGAGGUUAGUUGAGGAUGGAGAUAAAGCUUUGUAUCUCGGUUGUACCAAGCACACAAAGUUAAAUGCACUUAUACAGACUUAUAACCUUAAAGCAAAACAUGGAAUGUCCGAUGUGUGCUAUUCUGACAUGUUGAUCAUGAUCGGAAUAUUUCUCCCUGAGGGUAAUGAGAUACCUGGUUCGCAUUAUGAGGCUAAGAAGACUUUGGCUACAUUAGGAAUGGACUAUAAAAAGAUCCAUGCAUGUCCUAAUGACUGUAUUUUGUACAGAGGACAACAUGCUGAUGCGAGUAGUUGUCCUACAUGUGGGGAGUCUAGGUGGAAAUUAGGCAAAGAUAAUAUCGAGAAGCAAGGGGUACCCGGGAAGGUGUUGUGGUACUUUCCCCCAAUCCCACGUUUCAAACGCAUGUUUCAAUCGACAAAAACUUCCCAUAACCUAACUUGGCAUGCGAAUGAAAGGAGGAAGGAUGAGUUUAUGCGUCAUCCUGCAGAUGCCCCUACUUGGAAGUUAGUGGACCAAAAAUGGCCAGAAUUUGGUAAUGACCCUAGGAACCUUAGACUUGCACUUUCAUCUGAUGGUUUUAAUCCCCACAGCUCUUUGAGUAGUAGAUAUUCAUGCUGGCCAGUUAUACUAGUUACGUAUAACCUCCCUCCAUGGCUAUGCAUGAAAAGGAAGUUCAUGAUGCUGACUUUAUUGAUUUCUGGACCUAAGCAACCCGGAAAUGACAUUGAUGUAUACAUGCAGCCCUUGAUUGACGAUUUAAAAGCUUUGUGGGAUGGGAUAGAUGGAGUGUAUGAUGCAUUUAGAGGAGAAUACUUUAAACUGAGAGCUGUUUUGUUUUGGACGAUUAACGACUUUCCCGCUUAUGGGAACUUAUCGGGUAGUGUUACUAAGGGGUACAAUGGUUGUCCUAUAUGUUGUGAGAACACAAAACCACAUCGGCUAUCUCAUGGACAGAAAAUGAGCCAUAUUGGUCACCGGAGAUGGUUACCGCGCCAUCAUCCUUACCGAAGGCUGACCAAAGAGUUCAAUAACUUACCGGAGUUUGAAACUGCCCCUGAACCCUUAAGUGGAGAAGAGGUAUUAAAAAGGGUUGAGGGCAUGACCUGGUCAUUCGGUAAAAAGAAUCCUCUUCCAAUAUAUAAGGGUUUGGAAGACCAAACCAGACCUUGUUGGAAGAAGAAGUCCAUAUUCUUCGAACUUGAGUAUUGGAAAUUUCUUCCGGUUCGACAUAAUCUCGAUGUCAUGCACAUUGAGAAGAAUGUAUGCGAUAGUAUUAUUGGUACAUUAUUCAAUAUUCCUGGAAAAACGAAAGAUGGAGUCGCUGCUAGGUUGGAUCUGGUGGAAAUGGGCAUAAGGACUGGUUUGGGACCAACACCAGGGCAAAAGAAAGACAAGUUGCCUUUGGCAAGUUGGAAUCUGCUGCUAGAAGAGAAGAGAGCAAUGUGCAUGUCUUUUUUCAACAUGAAGGGUCCUUACGGCAUUUCCUCAAAUAUAAGGAACCUUGUUUCCUUAGAUGACUUAAGGCUGGUUGGUCUCAAAUCACAUGAUUGUCAUAUGGUGAUGCAACAGCUACUACCGAUUGUUAUACGUUCAAGUUUGGAGAAACCAGUCCGGUUUGCAAUCAUUCGGUUUUGUCUCUUUUUUAAGGCAAUAUGCAGCAAAGUGAUAGAUGUUAGGAAGCUGAAAAAAAUGCAAGAAGAUCUAGUUUUGACAGUUUGUGAGCUUGAGAAGUAUUUUCCACCAUCCUUCUUUGAUAUCAUGAUUCAUCUCACAGUCCAUCUUGUUAGAGAAGUUGAGCUUUGUGGACCAGUUUUCUUUAGGUGGAUGUACCCUUUUGAAAGGUACAUGAAAACCCUCAAAGGGUAUGUUAGAAAUCGAAACCAUCCAGAGGGUUGCAUUGUUGAGUCAUAUGUUGUUGAAGAAGCAGUGGAAUUUUGCUCAGAUCGUAUACUUUCUGGUGAAAAUACAGUUGGCAUCCCAUCAAUAGGCAUUUUUGAUGAAAGCUGCACCAAACCGUUAUCUGGUGCUACUGUUGUGUCCAUUUAUGGAAGGGAGUUGGAACUAGCACAUCUUUGUGUAUUACAGAAUACAGAGGAGGCAAGACCAUACUUCAUGUAA